AUGGCCACGGCACAGAAGCUUAACCUCCCCGACAGACGAGUGCUGUCGUAUCACCUGUCCAGCGAGGGCUCGGAGCCGGUCGUGCUGCUCGCCAACUCUCUGUCGGCGCCAUUCGCGGCCUGGGACCACGUCGUCAAGUUCCUCACCGAGAACGGAUUCCGCACGCUUCGCUUUGACCAGCCGGGCCACGGCCAGUCGUCAGCGCCCAAGAACCUCGACACGGAGUUUGAGUCGAUAGCCGACGACGUGCACCACCUGCUGCAGUCCCUCAAGAUCACGAAGCUCUACGCGUGGAUCGGCGUCUCGAUGGGCGCGGCGACGAGCUUCUACUUUGUGAACAAGUACCCCGGCGUCGUGCACAAGGUGGCCAUUUGCGACACCAUUUCUUCGUCGCCCAAGAAGGCCGGGGUGGAGGACGCAUUUGGGCCGCGGGCCAAGGCGGCGCGGGAGGCUGGCAACAUGCAGGAACAGGUCGAGGGCACGAUGGAGCGCUGGUUCGGGGCGGACUGGGUCAAGGCUAACCCCGAAGAGGCGGCGCGGGUGCGCGCCAUCAUGAACCAGACGACGGUGGAGGGGUUCGCGACGUGCAUCCACGCGCUGCAGAGCGACAAGUUCGACAUCCGGCCGCUGUUCGAGAAGGUCGGGGCCUGCGUCGACGAGGCGCUGCUGAUUGUGGGAGAGAAGGACGCCAACCUGCCGCAGGCCAUGGGCGAGAUGCGGGAGAAGGUCGAGCAGGGCUUCAAGGCGGCGGGCAAGAACCUGAAGAUUGAGCUGAAGGUGAUCAAGAACGCGGGUCACGUUUGCUUCAUUGACGGGUUUGAGCAGUUCAAGGAGGUCAUCCUCGCCUACCUGAAGGAUUGA